AUGGCAGCAGGACGCCAUAUAUGUGAUUUAGCAAUUAGAUUCACAGCGGUAGGGCAAAAGGGCGAGAAGAUCGUUGACGGCAUCAAGGUCCGCGUAGGGGUUUCGAUGUGCAUAGACGUUGUGGUGGAUAAUAUUGCGACGGCUCUGGACAACUUGAUGAAGAUAGAACGGGAGUCGAAGGCUGCAAAGAAAGCUUCUGAUGUAGCCAAGGCAAAGAAAGACAGAAUGCUGGACGCCUUGCGGAACUACGAGGACAGUCUCCGUGCCUGGAUCCAGAAGUAG